AUGGAUAAAAAACGCAAAAUUCAGAAGCCAUGCCGUCUGGUAAUAAUUGGUAGUGGUCCAACAGCUAUCGGUGCAUUACAUCAAAUAUUUUCGUUAAUUAAUGAAAAUAAAAUCGACAAAAAUCUUCUUCAGAUCUAUGUUAUUGAAAAAGAAAAUGAAGUUGGUGGUUUAGCACGAUCAAUAACUGACUCGAAAGGUUUCACCUGGGAUCUUGGUGUCCAUGUCACCGGUAUAUCACGGCAUAAAAUUUUUGCUGAAGUUAUUGAAAAUGCAGUUGAUGUUUGGAAUAACAUAAAAAGAUGCGUCAUGGCCGAUUUAUCGCAGAUAAUUAAAGCUGAUAAACCACAUGAAAAUUAUGUACCCUAUCCAGUGCAACAGUCAAUACCAUAUUUCCCGGCUGAAGCGAAGAAUAAGUGUUUAGAUGAGCUGAAAAGGUUAAAAAACAACUGUACAAAAGAAACUGCAAAGAAUUUUGAGGACUAUACAAGACAGUUCUUUGGGCAAACCUUAUCUGACAUGUUCAUCUGGCCUUACAAUAAAAAAGUCGUUUUGGCGUACUUUUCAAAAACUUGGAGCAAGACGCCAAGCAUUAAAAGAAGUUUUUAUUUUUUUUCCUUGCAUAACCUACGUGUUGUUUCGGUUUGGACUAUAAGCUUGGACCAGAUGAACUGUAGUUGGGUCUCCGGACGUGUACCAAGCAUUAAUCUAGAGGCAAUUGAGGCACGUUGUAAACUAUCUAGAGCAGCACUGGAAGAUGAAGAUCAAAAACGUCCUGUAACAUACUUUCGGUAUCCAGGCGAACUGAGGGGUAUUGGACCGAUAUGGAAAACUGUUGUUUCCAAAUAUCCGAAAAAUAUAUUCUAUUUCAAUCAAACAGUUUGCAGUAUUGAUGUUACUACAAAGACGGUAGAAGCGAUAAAUGAAUAUGGCGAACGGUGUAAAUAUGAAUACGAUUAUGUGUUGUCGACAAUACCAAUCGUACAGCUGGAUGAGGUUUCUAGGCUGUGUGGCAGAAUUGACCUCAAAUAUUCAAAGGUUGUUCUUGUCGGCAUUGGACUGCGAUGCCCGCAAAGCGAAUGGGCACAAUGUUUAAGUUGGGCGUAUUAUCCAUAUGACGACACCGUGUUUUAUAGGUGUACUUUUCUUUCAAAUUUUAAUGAUCUCCUUACACCAGACUCAGAACAGUUUUGGUCAGUGCUCUGCGAAAUCGCUCUUGGCGCUAAUGAACAAUUCAUUGAAUCGGACAUCACGAAACGUACCAUUGAAGGAUUGCGUCUCAAAGGUGUCAUUGAUGAAGCAAAUGAAAUUGUCGACAUUUGGGUAUGUGUUCUGCCUUACGGAUAUCCAAUUCCAACUUCCGGAAGAGAUCAGGAGUUGUCCAGGUGUCAUCAAAUUUUUCAGAAAUACAACAUCUAUUCAAGAGGACGUUUUGGUGGUUGGAAAUACGAAAUAUCAAACCAAGACCACAGUUUUGUUAUUGGAUCACAAUUUGUAAAUCAUAUUCUUUUCGGUACCGAAGAAUCUCUAUAUUUUUCUUCUUCUCGUUAA